AUGACGGACAAUUCUUGUAAAUGUUGCGACGCUCUGCUUGACUUCUCUACCAAUGUGUAUCAAAAAGUGAGAGACCUGGAGACUAAAGAAAAAGAGGAGUACAAUAAGGUUCUUGGUGAUAUAAAGAAAAUGGAAAAAUGGGAAGAUUUGGAGAAAGAAACCCGAGAGAAAGUCAAUGAAACAGAGGAGUUUUUUGAACAGUUCCAAAACAAUGAACCAGAUGGGAGCUUAUUAGAGUUGAUCAAAGAAAGCGCCUCGAAGCUGAACAAGGCCUUUUCAGAUUUAUUAGAGAGGUUUGUAAAAAAUCAUAGCGGAUUAAUCUGCCAUUGCUCUCACGCGAAGAUGACAUUCCCUUAAAGUUCGCAUGCCUCGGCGGGUUGAUAAUUAUUAAGUUCAUUGUUUCACUGAAUAGCAGACAUGGAACAAUCUUUAUCCUUUUAGAGAAGGGUCUUUCCGUGCAAAGGCCUGCAGGAAACGUCACCGAGGUAUUUUCGGUGAACGAAUUGAAUAAAAAGACAACAGCUUGCUAAGAAUUUCGCACUUAAGACGUUCUUUGAAAGAGCUUAUAACCAGUCAUAGCUUUUAUUCAUAUUAGAGAUGACAAUAGCACUCGUACAUAUGAAACCAAUGAGCAAAUGAAAGUCCGUUUUCCUGGAUGACAACGAAAAUGUAUUCCUUCAACCGCUCAACUUUAGUCAUUUAACUCAGCUCCACAGGUUCACAACAUAUGUUUGUAUAUAUAUUCAAAGAAAAUGUUCUAAAUUUAAUGCAAAGAAUAACACAUUAACUCUCUAAUUCAAGUGCUGACACAAUUUAACCUGACAGGUAUAGCAGGUACUGGACUCUAUAUAGCCAUCAGGUACUGAUUAAUCAUAAAGAUGCCUGAAAAUAUUAUUUGGUGAAGAUGCUACUUUAGCUACGCCGCUAAGUUGAAUUACAAAACAUGGCAAUGCAAACUGAAAAUACUGAAAAAGCAAGGAAGUCAAAUAAUCUGGUAAACGAAAAAUUCUCUGAGGCUGUAUUUCAGCCAUCUGGUGUUAUCUACUUUUCAGCACAUAAAUCUUCACAUUUGAAAUUGUUAGCUCUGAGUUAUCUUUUCCCUCUGUUAUCCUUCUUCUGGUUUCAUUCAUCAUACAUCGACGUUUUCCAGAUAUGAAAAGCUGAAAGGUACAAUGAAAUGGAUUCGUGCCAGAGUGGAAGACCGUCACAAUUCCAGCAGGACAAGGAGAGAAAAAAUUGUCAUACACGCAGGAAAAGCUCUCCUGGCCGCCAUUCUCCUUGGAUUAAUACUCGGCGGAGUUAUAGGAUGGGGUAGCCCGGAUAGACUACCCACUGUUGUCUGGGUUUUAGUUGGAGGAGGGUCCGUACUCGUCGUUGGAGGGCUCUGUUAUACAAUUUUGGUGGGUGUGGCUUUCCGGAAUGUUAAACGAUGGGAAAACCUACGAGGGAAGGUCCAAGAACUGCCAGUUACGGAUGACCUUAUUGAAGAAAUUGGUACAAAGUAUUCGACAUUGUAUCCUAUCCCUAAAAUAUUUUUAAGUGACAUCGAGGGAGACGAGACAAACCCUUCUGAUGUAAAGAGGGUAUCUAGAGAUUUAAUCAACCAACUUAAAUCAUAUAACGAAAUUAAGUGCAAAUGA